GCGCUUUUUACCAAUUUAUUUUGUUGGUUUGCAAUUAUUUUUGCUGUUGCGUUAGUUUCACGUGUUUUCAUAUUCGCCGCCCACCAGACUUAAAAAACGACCAUGCCGGACCGGAAGUUGCGCAAAAAGAAAAUAGUUGAAAAAUCAGAAUCGACACAUUGGCAUACGCUGAUGUUCGAUCCAAGGUACGAUGACCAGGUGGACGCGGCGCAGUUGAAUCUGAUUGAGGAUUUGAACGAUGAUUUCUUUGGCAUAUCGUACGAGCUAGUGCAGCAUCUGGUGCCCGUCAAUAACUUUCUGGCCAGCAAGAUGAAGCGUUUCGUUGACAUUUUGGCCAGAUUGCAUGCAUACUACGUGGAUGAGGUGGAAGCUGCCAAGAACACGCAGGCGAAAGUCGAUUCCGCAAAUGAAAAGCUACAGCUGGCCAUUGAGGCAUCUGCCGAUUCGCAGAAUUUGAUGGAGCGACUGCGCGAAUCGUUGGCCGAGGCCUGGCGCACAACUGAUGCGGCCCAAUAUCGCGAGGCCCUGUCGCGAGACGCUCAAGGGGACUAUACCACAAAGGAGAAUCAUGCCAGGCUAAUGAACUCCACAGACAGUCGUCGUUCCAAGGAGAUGCGCAUACGCGGGGUUGUCUUUCGGGAACGCGAUCGUCUGGCCAGAGAGCUGAAGGAAUACCAAAAGCGCCUGGAAACGAAUCGCGUCUAUGCCUCUUCGCUGGAGGCCAUCAUUUUAGAUCAUCGCACGACUAUUAAGGCUCAGCAAAAUCGUGUCAAGCAGCUCGAAUCGGAUUUAUUUGGACUAGAGCACAAGAAUCGUCAACUUGUGGAGACCCUGCAGGAUAAGGUCAUCAGCCAGCGCAAGGAAUUGGAGUAUAUUAAUUCAGUGAAUCAGGAACUGCGCGUUUUUGAGAAAAAAUUUCAUGAGCACUCGACCAUUAAUAAUAAUCUACGACUGACAAUCGAUCGGCUCUCGCAUGAGAACAACAAUUUGAUAAAGAUCAAUCAUAAAAUGGACGAGGAGUAUCGCCGCAUCAAAGUGGUGCUCACAAAUUUGGAAUCCACCAAUAAAGCGCUGCUGCGCGAAAGGGAUGAAUUGGAGCGAUCAAUUCGACUGAGUCUGGCCGAUAAAAAAAAGAAAGCCGAUGUCUAUCUGCUGCUUAAUCGUCGAUUCCAUCAGCUGUCUAAGAAGAACGCCGAAUACGCUGAUCAAGAGGCGCACCUACAUAACGAGCUGACUGCGCUAGAAAAGAAACUGUUGGUGACCAACGGGCAACUGGAGGAUACGAUACGGCAGAAGGAGGAUAUCAGACGGACUCAUAAAAAGUUGGAAACGGAGUUGGCCGGGCAUAACGAUGCAAUGGCUGCAUUGCGGCACGAUCUGGUCCUGCAACGGCAUCGCACGCAGGAUGUGCAAAGCGAUCUGAGUCGUGCAAACAAAUUUUUGGACGACAAAGAUUGCUUGAUACACAAGAUCAAGAGGGAGGUCAAUGAGCUGCAGGCAGAGGGCAAUGAGCUGAACAAGACAAUCGAGUCAUUGGAAGCAAAAGUGGCGAGAAAAACGGAAAAACUGGCGGAACUUAAGGAGCAGCUGGAUCAUAAGCACGAGAGCUAUCUGAAGGCGAAAAAACAGAUGGAAAUCGUGCACAGCGAGAAGAUAAUGCUGGAGAAGAAUCUGAACAUGUGCGGCCGGGAGAGGCAGGGAUUGCAGAAUAUCAAUGGCAAGCUCAGCUUUCAGAUAAAUCAAUUGUGCCAGCAAUUGGCCACCAACGAGAAGGAAAUAGCUGCCCAAAAGAAUCGCAUCGAUCAGCUGGACAAUCUGUUGAAGCACAAGCAGAACGAGAUUCAUGCCAAGGAUCGCCAUCUGGAGCGCAUGCGCUCCGAUCUGAGCGAGACGAAGAUGCAUGCGGAGCAGCUGCAGCACACCAUCGAGCAGGAUGAGAAGCGUUUCAAACAGAUCUCCAUCAGCCUGGACGAGGUCAACAAGGAGAAGUCACUGGUCGGCCAGCAAAUGGUGCGACGAAACGGCGAAGUGCGCAUCCAGCAGGAGCAGCUCGCCAUGAUGCAGCUGGCAAUCAAGCGCGGCACCAUGCAGUACAAUCAACGAGUGGACGAUAUACGGCUGCUCAAAACGGAGAUCACCAAUCUGUCCAUGUCCAACGAGUGCUUGCAGCGUGCCCUGAACGAAAAGUGUAACAUGCGCCACGAGGUUGUGCGACUCGAGCGUCAGCUCAAUCGUGAACGCCUGCACGUGGCCGCGUUCACGGAGGAGAUGAAGUAUCCAUACCGCAUACAUCGCUGGCGUGUGCUAAUCGGCAAGGAUCCGUGUAAAUAUCAAUUGAUACGCAAAAUUCAGGUGCUGCUCAAGCGCAACAUACGGCUCAGCGUUGAGCGUGUCAAUAUGGAGCGUCGCUUGCAGGACGCACAGCGACUGUACGAUACGCUCAAGAAGCAGCUGCAGCAUAUGCCCGAUCCCAAUACCGUGAACCGUCUCUGGCUGCAGCAACGCGUCAAUCAGCGGCAGAGCCGCAAGGUGAAGGCAAUGCAAGCCGAGCUGGCCAUCAAUGAGAUUGAUCUGAAGUCGCGGGAUCUGAUCAUUGAUGAGUUUCAGCAGGUGAUCAAAAAGGAGCAGCUUCUGCAGCAGCCCAACGAAGCGAUCGAUAAGCUACUUAAAAUCGUCUCCGUAUCGCGCAAACGCCAUGCCAACAAGCACCAGCAGGUCUUCCACAUGAGCUCCAGGAGCAGCGAGCAGUGCGGCGACUUUGCAUACUCCGCCGCUUAAAAGGAAACCCCAACGACUGUG